UACUUGACCUAUCGGUGCAUUUUCACAGUAACCCCUCGACACUUCCGGUGGGGGAUAUCCAUGGAGGACGACUCCAACGUGAACAACCUAUUCCACCGUUGUUGUUUUUUUCAGCUCCUGAACUGAUGUUGAACGUGUGAAGUCGGCACGUAUGACAUGAGGGCAGUUACAUUUGCGGGUUUACUUCUCAACGUUUAGCUAGGUUUGAGCCAUACGCUUGUUUUUGAGGUUGGGGCAGGGCCGUAACCUUGGCGUGUAACGUCAGUGCCACUGUGGAGUAAGUGGUUCAACCAAGAGAAAGCAUGUCAGGUGUUCGUCGCGGCUUGAGCGCCUUGUCAACCAAGAUCCUGACCGAAGCCACACUUUUGCCUUGUCCGUGGUUUGUGUCUGCACGCAGCAAGUUUUCCAAAGCAAGAAUCCCAAAAGAGCUUUUUGCCGAGAGAUCAAAAGAACAUGAGAAAUAUGGGGGUGAUCCAGAUCAACCCCAUAAACUGCAUAUAGUGUAUCGAGUCAAAAGUGUGAUGCGACGACCGUACUGGGAGAAAGAGAUAGUGAAACACCUGGGCCUUCAAAAGGCGCAUGUCCCGGUAAUUCACAAAAAUACACCGGCAGUCAAUAGCCAGCUGAAAUUUAUCAAGCACCUGGUGAGGAUCCAGCCUCUGAAGACUCCCUAUGGACUCCCUGCUGAACAUGACAUGGCCGACACCUACAUUAACAGCAACGGAGAGCUGAUUGUCCGGCGCCUCCUCCAACCUGUAGACCCCAAGGCUAUCGAAUCUUAGCUCCGCUCUCAACAAAUUAAUAAUUCAGUUGUACAUAAACAUCAUGUAAAAAACCCUGUGCUCCAUAUCUGCCAGCCUUAAUUCCACUACCUGAAGGUAGCUGUAUGCAUUGUGUUUUGAGUUGUUUGAUUUAGGUCUUCAGAUUAAAAAGAGAAAUGUUGUCAUCAAACUUUGUCACAAGGCCUUCAGCAAAAAAAGGGAUCUGUCUCACGAUGCAGGAAUACCAGAUAACCAGGUUUUUCUGAAUAUUUUUGCUGAAUAUAAAAACCCCAUGUGUUUCAGGUUUGAAGGGGUUCUGGAUGUACUCAGUAAAAAACUUAGUAAAUCCAGAACCCAUUCACUAAAUGCCAAUUUAAACACCAGCCUAUCGAUCAUACAGACAGCUGCUACAAUUGAAAAAUUGCCACGUGUUUUCCAUGACAAUUUGGACACAGCCGAUGGCUCGGAUUCUUUAUUAAACACGACUCAUACACAGUCAAAUUAAAGACCUUGUGAAAUAAAA